AUGGCGGACCUUACAACAGCAGCCGCGAAUCUACUGAAACGGAAGCAGAUCCAUGGCGAGGUCCCUCAAGCCCCCGAUGACACCACGUCAAACGCGUUGCCUCCAGACGCCUCCCUCGCGACUACAACCUCCGAAUCUGUCAGUGCGCAGGCCGCGCAACUGGCCAAUAACGGUCAGAGCAAAAGGCAGAAAACUAUCCAGGGCAAAAAUUCAGCAUCGAACAGCAAACAUCAGCCGCCGAAAAAGCGAACCCCGUCGGCACCGUGGCCGGACGCCUUUAAGCAACUUUCGCAAACCCACCGCGCCCUGAACCUCGUAUAUACGUUCUGCUGCACUCGGAAGCACUUUGCAACUACGUUUGACAAUAUCCGAAAGGCCGUUCAGGCUCAACUUGGGAAAGGGAAACAGCUUACGGUUGAGGAUGUGGCAAAAGUCAAGGCGUUGGUUCCGCAGGCGGUGCGCUUUGAAUAUGUCGAUGCAGCCAGUCUCGAGGUCCUGACUGUGGGCGACAGGGAAACCAGCCACGGUUCUUUGAAUGCGGAAGACCUCGCCAACUCGGACGCUUUCCAGAACCAUGAAUUCGGCAACAAUGUUCUGCUUUUCGAAUUCAUGGACGGUGAUCUCAAACGUGAAGUGCAGCAUCCGAAGACUGGAGAACCCUCAAAACCCGUGCGUCGGAUGAAAGAAGAAGAUCUGAAAAUGCCGGUUUAUAGUCAGAAGCAAAUGCUGUCUCUGAUCGAGAAACGGAACACGAAGUUUUCAGAUGCCAUUGACGCAUUUCUCGUUCGGUGCGAAGACCAAGGCAUUGACCCUGUACUCAUACUAGAAGAUGAGAAGGCCUCUUUCCUGCCAACACCUCCAAGUAGUGGCUUUACCACCCCUGCCGGCUCAAGCAUACCCGUUACCAUACCCAAGGAGCGCAAGUCCAUCGCAGAGAUCAUUGCGGAAAUUCGCGCAAUGGACUGGUACCAUGCACAGAUUGUGCCAGAAGGCCAUCGAGUAUUUGACGCUCAGUCCCCUGUCUACGGCGAUCUGAACUUCCAGCUAUCACAAGACAUGGUGAACGCCCUCUACAACACCAGAGGAAUCUCCCAGCUUUACUCCCACCAAGCAGAAGCUAUCAACCACCUGUAUGCCGGGCACAAUGUGAUCGUUUCUACGUCGACGAGCUCGGGAAAGUCACUCAUCUAUCAAAUUCCUAUGCUCCAUGAAUUGGAAAAAGACCCUAACAGCAGGGGCAUGUACAUCUUCCCAACAAAAGCCCUGGCGCAAGACCAAAAACGCAGCAUGUCGGAUCUCUUACAGUAUAUGAAUGGUUUGCAGAAUACGAUGGUUGAAACAUUCGACGGGGACACGCCAAUGGGUAGUCGAAAUCUCAUCCGCGACGAUGCACGGAUCAUUUUCACCAAUCCUGAUAUGCUGCACAUCACCAUUCUACCGCAAGAAAGUACUUGGCGCACUUUCUUAAAGAAUCUCAAGUUUGUCGUUGUCGAUGAACUGCAUGUUUAUAACGGCUUAUUUGGCUCCCACGUCGCUUUUAUAAUGCGACGCCUGCGCAGAAUCUGUGCGGCAGUGGGCAACGGGCACGUCAAAUUUAUUUCCUGCUCGGCUACUGUCGCCAACCCUGAAGAGCACAUGCAAUCUAUCUUUGGCGUAGAAGACGUCAAACUGGUGGAUUUCGAUGGCUCUCCCUCGGGCCGGAAAGAAUUCAUCUGCUGGAAUACUCCUUUCAAAGAUCCUGCAGACCCAUCCUCGGGACGCGGUGAUAGCGUUUCUGAGACCGCAAGACUAUUUUGUCAGCUAAUACUUCGGGGCGUGAGGGUGAUUGGCUUUUGCCGAAUCAGACAACUCUGUGAGGUUCUCCUGCAAGCCGUUCGGAAUGAGUUCCGAGCUCUCGAAAGAGCGGAUGUUGGCAGGAUGGUGAUGGGAUAUCGCGGCGGGUACAGUCCCCAAGAUCGGCGCCGUAUUGAGCGUGAAAUGUUCGAUGGGAAGUUGAUGGGAAUCGUCGCGACAAACGCCCUGGAACUGGGCGUUGAUAUCGGCUCCCUUGACGCAGUCAUCACAUUGGGCUUCCCAUAUUCGAUUUCUAACUUGCGUCAGCAAAGUGGUCGUGCCGGACGACGCAACAAGGAUUCUUUGUCUGUGCUUGUUGGAGACAGAUAUCCAACGGACCAGCAUUACAUGCAGAACCCAGAGGAGAUAUUCACCCGUCCCAACUGUGAGCUGCAGAUUGACUUGGCCAACGAGCUCAUCCAGGAAGGCCAUGUCCAGUGCGCAGCAUUUGAAAUGCCCAUCCGACCCGACGAGGAUCAGGUCUAUUUCGGCGAGCAGCUCUUUGCCAUCGCAGCAACCCGCUUGGUGAAAGAUAGCAUGGGAUUCUACCAUUGCCACGAACGAUUCCGCCCUCAACCCUCGCGAUGCGUCUCCAUCCGUGAUACAGAAGACCAGCACUUCGCGGUAAUCGACACUACAAAUGACCGUAACAUCGUCCUCGAAGAGGUCGAAGCCUCCCGCGCCUUCUUCACGAUCUACGAAGGAGGCAUCUUCUUGCACCAGGGCCAAAACUACCUCGUCAAAGAGCUGAAUACCGAAAAGUUCUUCGCCCGCGUGCUCCGCGUCCACGUAGACUGGAGCACAAUGCAACGCGACUACACCGACAUCGACCCCAUCGAAACAGAGACAAUGCGACUAGUCGGCGCCGACGCCUCUGGCUCCCGCGUCUUCUUCGGCUCCGUCCAAAUCCACGCCGUGGUAUACGGCUUCUUCAAAGUCGAUAAACGGGGCCGGGUUCUCGACGCCGUCGAGGUCGACAAUCCCCCAAUUGACAUCCUAACCAAGGGGAUGUGGCUUGAUGUGCCAAGCCAAGCCAUCGAGAUCCUCGAGUCACACAGGCUCAACGUCGCCGCUGCAAUUCACGCCGCGGAACACGCGGUCCUCUCCCUCCUCCCGUCCUUUGUCAUUUCCUCACCGGGCGACGUGCGUACGGAAUGUAAGGUCGCCAAGAAAGAACUGGGUCGUCCGCUCCGCCGCGUCAAUGAUGCCGCUGAGGAGAAACAGAUCAGGAAGAAACUUCAGCCGCCGAAACGACAGCGGCCCGCUCGUCUUACGUUCUACGAUGCCAAGGGCGGGUCUUGUGGUUCUGGGAUUGCGAGUAAGGCAUUUGAGUUUGUGGGUUUGCUUUUGCGCCGGGCUGUGGCGCGCAUUGAGGCUUGCCAGUGUCUCUCGCCUCAGGGGUGUAUUGAGUGCUGUUGUGAUGAGCGGUGCAAGGAGAUGAAUGUUGUGAUGAGCAAGGCUGGUGCUGGUGUGAUCUUGAGGUGUCUGCUUGGCUGGGAGGUUGAUGUUGAUGCUUUGCCUUGGGGCGAGGAACUGGACGGGGAGGAGUUUGGGCCUGGUGGGGAGUUGGCCGGGGGCUUGGAGACUGUUGUUCGAGCAAGAGAGGUACCAUGGAAGCCUGGCUGUAACCCGGAUGAGAAACAUAACCAAGAGGUGUAG